AUGAUUAUUAUUAUCCUGUCAGCCUUGGCGCCUCCAGUGUUGCUCCUGAAUUUAACGGAUUGCACCGUCAACGUCAGCAGCUCGGUGACCCUGCACUGCCCCACCGAGGGUGUCCCACACCCGACCGUCACAUGGUACAAGAACCAAGGUGCUCUGCUGGCAGGAUCAGGGAUUGUCGUGUCGCCAGAGGAAGGCUCCCUCCAUAUUGGUCGCAUCACCGUGGAGGACCAGGGUCUGUACACCUGCCAGGCGACCAAUGAGAAGGGAGCUGCAGAGAGCUCCGCCUACAUUUGGGUCAAUAAUGUAUCUGAGGCGUCCUCCAUGGAGAUUCCCACUCUGGCCUGCACCUGUGUGGUGGCCACCUUGCUCUGGCUUCUCCUGACGCUGCUGAUCCGAAAACUCCGACAGCCCAAGCGCUCCCACGGCAAAGCAGGGUACCUGUCCAUCAUGGUGGACUCAGCAGGCGCUCCACUGGAGGAGCGGGGGCACAGGCUCCACUAUGACCCCAAGCAGUGGGAGUUCCCCAGAGAACGCCUCAAAUUAGGAAAGAAUCUGGGCCGUGGAGCCUUCGGUAAAGUGGUGCAGGCAUCUGCCUUUGGGAUCGACGGCGCUUCCAGCUGCAGGACGGUGGCGGUGAAGAUGCUCAAAGAGGGCGCCACAGUCAGCGAGCACAAAGCCCUGAUGACUGAGCUGAAAAUUCUUAACCACAUUGGACAACAUCUCAAUGUUGUCAACCUGCUGGGAGCCUGCACCAAAUCUGGAGGCCCGCUCAUGAUCAUUGUGGAGUUCUGUCGCUAUGGAAACCUCUCCGGCUUUCUGAAGAGCAAACGGGAGGUGUACGUGCACAACAGGGGGAUGCAAAAACAUGGAGAAAAGACUGCAAGGAUAAGAUUAGACUUUAAAGACAAUGACAUUCGGCCCUCCAACGCUCCUCCUUUGUUUCUGGAGGACCUCAUCUCCUUCAGCUUCCAGGUGGCAAGAGGAAUGCAGUUCCUGGCCUCUCGCAAGUGUAUACACAGAGACCUGGCGGCACGCAAUGUCCUCCUGUCAGACAAUCACGUGGUGAAGAUCUGUGACUUUGGACUGGCCAGAGACAUCUACAAAGACCCGGACUACGUCCGCAAGGGAGACGCCCGCCUGCCUCUGAAGUGGAUGUCUCCAGAGUCCAUCUUUGACAAGGUGUUCACCACACAAAGUGACGUGUGGUCCUUUGGCGUUCUCCUCUGGGAGAUCUUCUCUCUGGGAGCGUCCCCGUACCCCGGUCUCCACAUUGACGAGGACUUCUGCCACAGACUGAAAGCAGGAACCAGGAUGAGAGCGCCGGAGUACAGCACAGCUGACAUUUACAGCACAAUGCUGGCCUGCUGGGAUGCCGAGGCCAGCGAGCGACCCUCCUUCUGCCAGUUGGUGCAGACCCUGGGCGACAUGCUCCAGUCCAUGGUGCAGCAGGAGGGGAAGGACUACAUUCCUCUGGGAUUACUCGUAGAACACGGAAAGUGCACACAAAAAACUCUUGCUGUCACCAACUUGAGUUACAUGCGGGCUGUGGCCACGCUGCACACCUUCCAGGUUCCCUGUGAGGACGACACUCACCAAUCUGAGGAGGAGCAGAGCGACAGCGGCAUGGUCCUUCCAUCAGAGGAGCUCAAACGUCUGCCGUGGGACGACAACAACAACAAGCUCAGCAGAUCAUGUCUCCACGGCAACCAGACGGCCAUCUUUCCACACGACUGGAGUUCCGAUGAUGGGAGCUCCCCGCCCCCCGACUACAACGCCGCUUUCCUCUACCCUUCACUCUAACGUCUUCCUCGCCAUUGUCAGCAAUAAGCAAAUGUAUUUACUCACUUUCUGUGAUUUAAUUGUCGUAUUGGUACCACAUAUCACCAUGUGUGAGGGGACAACUCUUUUCAUUGAAACACAAUAUAUGCUGGAAAUAGUUAAGGCACUCUGUGUGUGCGUGUGUGUGUGUGUGUGUGUGUGUGUGUGUAGGGGAACUAAGGUCACAUCAUUUUGUUAAAAAGUACAUAUGAAAAGCACUUUUUUCCCGCAACGUAAGAAAAAGAGUACCGUAUUUUUCGGAGUAUUAGUCGCACCGGCCGAAAAUGCAUAAUAAAGAAGGAAAAAAACAUAUAAGUCGCACUGGAGUAUAAGUGGCCUUUUUUGGGGAAAUUGAUUUGAUAAAAGCCAACACCAAGAAUAGACAUUUGAAAGGCAAUUUAAAAUAGAUAAAGAAUAGUGAACAACAGGCUGAAUAAGUGUACGUUAUAUGAGGCAUAAAUAACCAACUGAGAACGUUCCUGGCAUGUUAACGUAACAUAUUAUGGUAAGAGUCAUUCAAAUAACUAUAACAUAUAGAACAUGCUAUACGUUUACCAAACAAUCUGUCACUCCUAAUCGCUAAAUCCCAUGAAAUUUUAUACGUCUAGUCUCUUACGUGAAUGAGCUAAAUAAUAUUAUUUGAUAUUUUACGGUAAUGUGUUAAUAAUUUCACACAAGUCGCUCCUGAGUAUAAGUCGCACCCCCGGGCAAUGUAUGAGAAAAACUGCGACUUAUAGUCCGAAAAAUACGGUUAGCAUUUUUUCUAUAUAUUUGCCAGGAUUUAGAAGCGUCCUGAUCCGAUAUCAGGAAGAAAAAAAUCUGAUAUCAGACAGCAUGUAAAAUGUGCGAUACACGUUGCUGCUAUGUUGACUUGUGGAAACUUGACAGCGAAAUGUCCUCCAAUAAUUGUAGUCAAGUCAUUUACAAAAAGGUCAACAAGCUAGGCGAUAGGUUGCUAGCAGCUACACAACAGCUAAGCACACAAUAUUGCAGUGUAAAACAGCACAUUUGUCAACAUAAACAAGUAUCAAAUAAUUAUAGUUGCUAUGACUCUUAGAAAGUAUUUAGUAACAAACGUGUCCACAUCAUUCAACUUACUGUGUCAUAGGCUUAACUAAAUGAAUUACUGUGGCCACGAGUGGUCACCAAAAACAACAAUACCACUCCACUUCAACUUAAAGACCGCAUAUAAGUCCAUUCUAGAUGGUUAACGAAUAAGACUAAUGCUUUUCAGAAGUACCAUUCUCUGACAAAUAUCAGUUGACCAAACAUUUUACAACUUUCCACACAUCAAAAUAAAAAUAUGUAUGAUUCUUGCUGAUGAUCUAUCAAAUCAAUAUCAGUAUCAUAUUGGAAGUGAAAAAGUAACGGACACUAUUAAUAUUUACAUAAAUAGAGUAAUAUAAGUAUAAUUUUCAGAGCAUACAAUAUCAAUCAAUCAAUCGUUUAUUUAUAUAGCCCUAAAUCACAAGUGUCUCAAUAAGUAUUACAAUGUUUUUAAAAAACCCUAAUAAACAUUGUUUACAAAUUGUAGGGUAAACUAAGUACUGUUUCCAAAAAACUAUGUUGGGAAAAAAAGCUUUAGGAUAUAACAUCUUAGGUGUUUACAUUGGUCAAAAAGUGCACUUAUUUCCUACAACAUUAGCAAAAUAGAACAUUUUCAUGGUUAUUUUAUUAUUAUGGCUGUCAGCAAAGAAAAAUCCAUCAUUUAGCCGCACCGUCUUAAAAGCAGCAGGGUCCAAAGCAUAGGAAAAAAAAGUAGUGGCUUGAAUUUACGGUAAUAUAUAGCAAAAUAAUUGAAUUAAAGACUUCCACCUUUUUUAUUUUUUUUUUAUUUAGUAGUAAUUUUGUUUAGCUAUUGAAAGCAUAAUGUGUAUGAUUGACAGGGUGACCUACUGUAACGUAUAGAUGCUGUAAUCUUUGAUUAUUAUUGUUCAAUGUGUUUGUUUUACAUUCAUGCACUAACUUGGAUAUCAUUGAUGAAAGUAAGAAUGUAUAAGUUUUGGUAUUCUUUAUUAAAAUACUGCUGUACACACAAAUAUUGCAAAGUUUGAGACCAUGUACACAAGAGGGGCAAAAAACCUACAAAG